CGGCGAGAUAUCGUUAAACGGACAAUUAUUUUGACACUGACAUAAGAAACUGCAUUAAAUUCAUUUUCGAUUGGUGUCGUAAAGAGCAUUUCGAGAGAUUUUCUUCAAUUUCGAACGGAACAUUGCAUUAUUUUGCGGUUAUUAAUAGAACGCAAUUAAUAGUAACAAUGCCAAACAUUAAGCUGCAAUCAUCGGACGGAGAGGUAUUCGAUACCGAUGUCCAAAUCGCUAAAUGUUCCGGUACCAUCAAAACCAUGGUGGAGGACCUUGGAAUGGACGAGGGCGAGGACGAGUUGGUUCCACUGCCUAACGUAAACUCGGCUAUUUUGCGAAAAGUACUACAGUGGGCUACCUAUCACAAGGACGAUCCCGCCCCAGCCGAAGACGAUGAGAACAAAGAAAAGCGAACGGACGACAUUAGCUCAUGGGAUGCGGAUUUUCUCAAGGUAGACCAGGGUACAUUGUUCGAGUUGAUCCUGGCUGCGAACUAUCUCGAUAUCAAAGGACUUCUGGAUGUCACAUGUAAAACAGUUGCUAACAUGAUCAAAGGAAAAACGCCCGAGGAAAUUCGAAAGACGUUCAAUAUUAAAAACGAUUUUACACCGGCCGAAGAAGAACAGGUGCGGAAGGAGAACGAGUGGUGCGAGGAAAAGUAAUGUCAUGGCACACAUUUCCUACAUACUGUAUAUGAUUGCUUUAUUUGACACGUAACGCUUCUGUCUGUUUUAUUGAAAAUGGAAAUGAUUGUAAAAUCAGAAUUUGAAUCCAAACAUUUCCUUUUAUGAAUAAAAUCGAAAUCACUGCACACUUGAAUUCGACAAUGCAGUUACUCGGAAAAUAUCUUUAAAUAAAUAUUAGAUGUAAGCACCAAGCGUUGCGAUAAAUUUAUUAAA